CUAUUUAACUCUCGAUAUUUUAAGUUAUUAAAAGCUGUGUAAUCAUGUCAGCCGAAAGAGAAGCACCGGGAGAAGAUAGUAUUCGUGUUGUGUGUCGUUUUCGACCUCUAAACGACGCCGAAGAGAGAGCUGGGUCGAAAUUUAUCGUCAAGUUUCCACCCGGCAAUGACGACCAGUGUAUUAACUUGGGGGGGAAAGUUUAUAUGUUUGAUAAAGUAUUCAAGCCUAAUGCCAGUCAGGAGAAAGUAUACAAUGAAGCCGCUAAAAGUAUUGUUAAAGAUGUUCUUAUGGGCUACAAUGGAACCAUAUUUGCCUAUGGACAGACUUCUUCUGGAAAAACCCAUACAAUGGAAGGUGUUAUGGGAGACCCCCAUCUACAGGGCAUCAUCCCUCGAAUUGUCAAUGAUAUUUUCAACCACAUUUAUGCCAUGGAAGAGAAUUUAGAGUUCCACAUUAAAGUUUCUUAUUUUGAAAUCUACAUGGACAAAAUCAGAGAUCUUCUUGACGUUUCGAAAGUCAAUCUUAGUGUACAUGAAGACAAAAAUCGUAUCCCAUAUGUGAAAGGUGUAACAGAAAGAUUCGUUACAAGUCCGGAAGAGGUGUUUGAGGUGAUUGAGGAAGGCAAAGCCAAUCGACACAUUGCCGUUACAAAUAUGAAUGAGCAUUCUUCCCGAAGUCAUUCAGUUUUUCUUAUCAAUGUGAAACAAGAGAACUUGGAAAAUCAAAAAAAACUUUCAGGCAAACUUUAUCUUGUCGAUCUAGCUGGAAGUGAAAAAGUUAGUAAAACAGGUGCUGAAGGAACUGUCUUGGAUGAGGCGAAAAACAUCAAUAAAUCUUUGUCAGCAUUGGGAAAUGUAAUCUCUGCACUUGCCGAUGGAAACAAAUCCCAUAUUCCCUAUCGUGAUUCAAAAUUAACACGAAUUCUGCAAGAGUCAUUGGGUGGUAACGCUAGAACGACAAUUGUUACUUGCUGUUCGCCAGCAUCUUUCAACGAAUCCGAAACAAAGUCUACCUUAGAUUUCGGCCGAAGAGCAAAAACAAUCAAAAACGCUGUCACUGUCAACGAAGAACUUACCGCCGAAGAGUGGAAGAGGCGGUAUGAAAAAGAAAAGGAGAAGGCUCAACGCUAUAAAACGAAACUUGAAAUAGCAGAAGCUGAACUCAACCGUUGGAGGUCUGGGGAAUCUGUCGGUCAGGAGGAGCAGAUCAAUCUGCGAGAUGCAAUGGAUGUAUCUACUAUCAGCGUUGACUUAACGCCUGUGGCCCCGGUUGCUCCCGUACUGCCACCAGUUGUUGCCGCACCCACCGUCCGUGCUGAUUGGGAUUCUGAACGUGAACGGUUGUAUCAGCAGUUGGACGAUAAGGAUGAAGAAAUCAAUCAACAAAGUCAGUUGGUUGAGAAGCUCAAAGAACAAAUGAUGGAACAGGAAGAACUGAUUGGUGCUACCCGACGAGAUUAUGAAUCGCUUCAACAAGAAAUGAACCGUAUCCAGGCUGAAAACGAAUCGGCGAAAGAAGAAGUCAAGGAAGUCUUGCAGGCUCUGGAAGAACUAGCCGUAAACUAUGAUCAGAAAUCUCAAGAAGUGGAAGCUAAAAACCGGGACAAUGAAACAAUAAAUGAAGAAUUAUCUCAACGUCAAAGCCAGCUAAACAGCACCCUGUCAGAGUUAGCACAGGUGAAAGACACUGCCGCACAUCAACGCCGGAAACUAAAUGACUUAUUGACUAGCUUAUUUAAAGACUUGAACGAGAUGGGUGUAGCCUUUGGAGCAGAUUUGAAAUCCUCAUUACAACCCUUUGAUUCAAAUAGCGGCAAAUCAGAGGAGGAAUUCACGAUGGCUCGAAUAUAUGUAUCCAAAAUGAAGUCAGAAGUGAAAAAUUUAGUACAACGAUGCCAGACAUUGGAGUCUUCGCAAAGUGAGUGUUCUAAAAAGAUGGACGAAUCAGAGCGUGAACUAGUGGACUUGCGUCUCUUGAUAAGCCAACACGAAGCAAAAAUGAAGGCUCUCCAGGAGAAUAUGAAGGAAGUGGAAAACAAAAAACGUCAGCUCGAAGAGGCGGUGGAUUCCUUAAACGAAGAAUGCGCCAAACUUAAGGCAGCUGAACAAAUGCAAGCCGUAUCUACCAUCGAUAAAGCAGCUGAACAGGAACAAGCUCUUUUGAUCAAGGGCGCACUUGAGCAACAACUUGAUCAACAUAGGGAAGCUCAUCAGAAACAAGUCGCAAUGUUGCGUGAUGAGAUUACAGACAAGCAGACGGUCAUUGAAGACUUGCGUGAUUCCAAACGAGAGCUGACCCUUAUCCAUGAGCAACUCGUCCGUGACCACGAACGUCUAAAACAAGAAGAAGCGGACAAGAGUCACAAACUUCACGAACUUCUCGGUGCAAACGAACGUCGCGAACAAGCCAGACAAGAUUUGAAGGGCUUGGAAGAGACAGUUGCAAAGGAGCUUCAAACAUUACACAAUUUGCGCAAGCUUUUUGUUCAAGAUCUUCAGUCUCGCGUCAAGAAGUCAUUAAGCGGCGAGGAACCAGAAGAUGGCGGUGGCUCUCUAGCUCAGAAACAAAAGAUCAGCUUCUUGGAAAACAACCUUGACCAAUUGACUAAAGUCCAUAAGCAACUGGUUCGAGAUAAUGCUGAUUUGCGCUGUGAACUUCCCAAACUUGAAAAACGCCUUCGGGCGACAAUGGAAAGAGUGAAGGUUUUGGAAGCUGCUCUUAAAGAAGCUAAGGAAGGUGCUAUGCGUGAUAGAAAGCGCUAUCAGUAUGAGGUGGAUCGUAUUAAGGAAGCGGUCCGACAGAAAAACUUGGCACGCCGAGGCCAUGCGGCUCAAAUUGCAAAACCCAUCCGUGCCGGUCAGCAUCCUCACCAGGCCACUAACACCCCCACUGCAAUCGUUACACCAUCGAUGGCUGUCCCUAAACGCAUUCUAAGUGCCGGAGCUCAACAGAGAAUUGAUAGCUAAACAAUUGUUUUACAUGUUUUGAUAAGCAGCCUCAAACGCAUCCUCGUAAUUGAUUUCCAUCCUUCACCGUGGUAAAAGGUAUUUGGUAAAUCGUCGGUGCGGUUCAGUCUUCAGGAAGCCGCAGCGUCACGAACGUUCCUUCAAAAGAAUGUUUCCGCCUAUAUUUAAUGCACGCACUUUUGGGGCCAUUGCUUUUCUAUUUCAAGGAAUCACAGCGAACACUGCACGGCACUUGAAAAUGGGCAAUCCCUAAAUUACAAUAGCUAGAAAUAUCCAGUGAUCCUUUACUACGCAGAUAUCCCCACUACAGUAUGACAUUCGGCUGGUAUUUCUUGUUGAUUUAUUCCGGUUCAAGUUCCGUUAUUCAAGCUCUUCAGUCGUAUUGGGACAGCAAUAUUUCUUUUCCCCAUUUCUCACUUUUCACGGUCAAUACCAAAGAAAACCGGGAAAAACAAUUAUAUUACCGCUGAUUUCAAGAAAAAUGGCCUAUUUGAUUUUUCCUGCACCCUUAUUUUCGUUUGUACUUGACGAUCUAUCUUUUACGGGAUUUUUCCCAAUGUAUGCUACGUAUUCCUUCCGACAUCUAGGUUUAAUUUGCAGUAAUUAUGGAAAAAGGUAAGUCACUCGUACGAAAGGGGUUACACUACAGCAACUGAAUAAUUGUGGGAAAUUUUACAAUUUCUUUUAUGACCCCUGAACCUUUUUUCACCCCUGAACCUUCCACCAACUUGAUUUGUUCACUAGGAUCUUGGCGUAUUUUUUCUUGAUUGCUCCUCGAUUCAAAUACCUUUUAAUUCUGGUUUCACCUGUGUUGUCAUUGAAUUCGCCUUUGGUGUAAAUAGAAUUUUGCUUGGCUCGAUGAAAGAGCUGCUGUUAUUA